AUUUAAUUUCUGUUUUUUCACAAAAUUUCAAUGAUUUUGAAGAAUAUUGCAAUAAAAUUCCCAAAACCAGUGAUUUAUGGAUCUGCUAUUGCGGCGGCAUAUGGAUUUGCUUGUUUAUGCAAAGAAAUAGUCGGUGGACCUAGAUAUCAAGGAUUUGACACAUCAGAUGCAGAAGAUAAAAUCAUUAUCAUUACUGGAUCCAACACUGGCAUAGGAAAGGAAACUGCAUGGGAAUUGGCAAGGAGAGGUGCAAGAGUCGUUAUGGCAUGUAGAGAUAUGGAUAAAUGUGAAUCUGCUAGAGAAGAAAUUGUAUUGGAUACGAAAAAUAAAUAUGUUUACUGCCGGAAAUGUGAUCUGGCAUCAUUAGAAUCGAUAAGAGAGUUUGUCAAAAAAUUUAAAUCUGAACAAAAAAGGUUGGAUGUGUUGAUUAACAAUGCAGGAGUAAUGAGAACUCCUAAUUCAAAGACUAAAGAUGGUUUUGAAAUGCAGUUGGGUGUGAAUCACAUGGGUCACUUUCUUCUGACCAAUUUGUUAUUGGAUUUAUUGAAGAAUUCAGCCCCUAGUAGAAUAAUAAAUGUUGCAAGUGUGGCACAUAAAAGAGGUAAAAUAAAUAAAGAGGACCUGAAUAGUGACAAGAGAUAUGAUGGCUCCGAAGCAUAUGCCCAGAGCAAAUUGGCAAAUAUUCUGUUCACCAAGGAACUAGCAGAACGGUUAGAAGGUACAGGAGUAACAGCAAAUUCUGUGCACCCUGGAAUAGUGGACACUGAAAUAACUAGACAUAUGAGUUUUUACAAUAGUUGGUUGACAGCAAUAUUCCUGAAACCAUUUAUAUGGCCUUUUGUAAAGAGUCCCAGACAAGGAGCGCAAACAGUGAUAUAUUUGGCUGUCGAUAAAAAUGUUGAAAAAAUUAAUGGUAAAUAUUUCAGUAAUUAUGAAGAGAGUAACGUUGGUCCAGCUGCAACGGAUGGAGGUAGUGCCAAAUGGUUAUGGAUGACCAGUGAGAAGUGGACUAGGUUGAACAGCUUGCCUUAAUCAGCGUUCCCAGAUUUUGAGGUGUUGAAACUAUUCUAUGAUUGAUUCUGGCGAAUUUCAUUGUUUUACUUGCUCUUUUUCAGAAAUAAUGAUACUCUCUGGGUCAAUGUUUACUAGUUUGCAAGAUUUUGUAUAAAGAGCUUCUGCUAAUUUGGCAUCAUUAACUGCAUUGGAAGGAUCUUUUAUUUCACAAUCACUAAAAUAA